AUGAACAAUUCCAACUGGACCAGCAUGUCCCAUUUUGUUCUCUUGGGCAUGUCUACCCACCCAGAAGAGCAGAUCCCACUCUUCCUUCUUUUUCUACUGAUGUACACAAUCAACAUUUCUGGCAACUUCGCCAUCAUCUCAUUAAUCGUUUCUGCUUCAUGCCUCCACACCCCCAUGUACAUCUUCCUCAGUAACCUAGCAUUGGCGGACAUCUGCUUCACAUCCACCACAGUCCCCAAGAUGCUGCAGAAUAUUUUUUCCCCUACAAAAGUCAUUUCCUACAUGGGCUGCUUAGCCCAGACUUAUUUCUUCAUUUGCUUUGCAGCCAUGGAAAACUUUCUCCUGGCUGCGAUGGCCUAUGACAGGUACCUUGCCAUCUGCCACCCUUUCCACCACCCUAUGAUCCUGACCAGAAUGCUAUGUGUGUGGAUAAUAGCUGUGUGCCACAUCCUAUCCCACCUUCAUGCCCUGCUGCAUACCUUUUUCAUGGGCCGGCUGAUCUUUUGUGCAGAUAACAGGAUCCCCCACUUCUUCUGUGACCUCUAUCCGCUGAUGAAGCUCUCCUGUUCCAGCACCCACCUCAAUACCCUGAUGAUUCACACAGAAGGUGUGAUUGUCAUCAACGGUGCACUGGCUUUCAUCAUUGCCUCCUACACCUGCAUCAUCUCAACAGUCCUCCAAAUUCCUUCAGCAAAGGGCAAAUGGAGAACCUUUUCUACCUGUGGUUCCCACCUCACAGUGGUGGCCAUAUUCUAUGGAACACUUACAUGGGUCUACUUCCGGCCCCUUUCCAGCUAUUCAGUGACCACAGGUCGUAUUGUGACAGUUAUGUAUACAGUGGUGACCCCCAUGCUAAACCCCUUCAUCUAUAGCCUGAGAAAUGAGGAUGUCAAAGGAGCCUUCAGGAAGCAAAUCAGCAGAAUACAGGCAACUUUCUUUAGAUAA